UACAGCUAUUUUCCUGGUAUCUUUCUUUUUAUAUUGAUAAAUGGCUUCCUAUUGAAUUGGACCAACCCAGAGUGCUGAACAUUACAGAUACAAACAUCACUUGAGAACCUAAUUGCUUAGUGUCAGAGCCCAGUGUCCCUUUCCCACUGUCUUCAUGCACUGUCCUCUAAUCUUCCAGGAUAAAGAAUCCCACCUCAGUGACCCUGUAUCCUCUCACAUCACAGGUGGGGGAUUAACUCAAGACUCCAAAAGUGAGUCCUUUACCUGCUCAUUCUCACAUUGUUGCCCCAGCCCAGCAGCCCAUCCCACCUGCUCCAUGAGGAGGGACAACGUGACCUGGGUGAGUGAGUUUGUCCUAAUGGGUCUCUCAGAUGACAGACAGGCCCAGGCUGGGCUCUUUGUGCUCUUUGGGGCCACCUACCUGCUGACCCUGCUGGAAAAUGGGCUCAUCCUCCUCUUGAUGAUACUGGACACCAGCCACCUGCUCAUGUACUUCUUCCUCUGCCACCUUGCAGUUGUGGACAUUUGCUACACCUCCAGUGGAGUCCCACAGAUGCUGGCACACUUCCUGCUGGAGAAGAAGACCAUCUCCUUUGCCCGAUGUGAGACCCAGCUCUUCUUCACCUUGGCCCUCGGGGGGACUGAGUUUUUGCUGCUGGCUGCCAUGGCCUAUGACCGCUAUGUGGCCAUCUGUAAGCCCCUGCGUUACAUGGCAGUGAUGAGUCCCAGGCUCUGUGUGGCACUGGCUGGUGUCCCUUGGCUCAUGGGCCUGGCUAACUCUUCCUUGGAGACAGCAGUCACCACACGCCUGCCCACCUGUGAGCACAAUGUGCUGAACCAUGUGGCCUGUGAGACCAUGGCACUGGUCAGGCUGGCUUGUGUAGAUGUCACUCUCAAACAGGUGGUCAUAGUGGCCUCCAUUAUGGUGGUGGUGCUGCUGCCCUGCUGCCUGGUCUUUCUGUCCUAUGUUCACAUCAUGGCCUCCAUCAUGAAGAUCCACUCCACCCAGGAAUGCUGUAGAGACUUUGAGACCUGCACCUCUCACCUCACCGUGGUCUCCAUGUCUUAUGGGAUGGCCCUCUUCACCUACCUACAGCCCCACUCCAAGGCCUUACCAGAGCAGGACAGGGUGCUAGUGCUCUUCUACGCUAUGGUGUCCCCCAUGCUGAACCCUCUCAUCUACAGUCUGAGGAACAAGGACAUCAAGGCUGCUGUAAAUCAGGUUCUGAUGCAGAGUUCGAGGUCUAAAUGGUAGGUGGUGACUUUUAGUUGAAAGGGCUCCUCUCUAGGGACAUUGAUCACUGAAUUAGGAAUGGCCAGCACAAUACCCAAGAGUUAAUCUGGCUGAGCAUGUGACACUGUGUGCGUGUCCCUGACAGGUGGUAGGACAGUGAUCUGUGCUCCUCUCUCCUGUUGUAAUAGGGAUGUGGGGGUUUCUCUGGACUCUAUUUUAGGCCCACAGGCCCACAUCUCAUUCCAAAGGAAAGGAAUUACACUGCCUGAAAAAUACAUAUGGCUGUGUAAGAAUAGAUAAUUAUACUACUAAUCUGUGUUAGAUCAUCAGAAAGAACCGUUGUAUUUUCGUGGUUUGAUUUCUUGAUCAUCUUUUCAUACCUACAUCUUGUAAUCUGAAAGAAUACUUGGAAGAUAACAGUACGCACUCUAUGAACCAGUGUUAACCUCCUGUUUUUCUAUUUUGAAAUUUUGUAUAAUCAUUUUUAUUCCUUUUUCAUUUUAAAAUUAAAAAAUACAU